AUGAAGGCGCAUAUUGUGAGAGAAUACCUUUCUCCUGACUUCCUCCGCGCACUGAAUACGUACUCCCUUCCCACCCUUGCAAGUGAAAUCAUGGGAACUUCCAUGUAUCACCUUAACAUCUUAGUGGGCGGCACCUCUGCAGUGAAGAUAACCACGGGUGUUGUUGAGGUCGUAGUUAAGGGAGCAGUUUAUUCGGAAUAUCUCAUUGCCAUAUAUGUCGUCUCAAAGGUUUUAUUACCUAUUGAGAUGUUUGGCAGUAGUGAUGUUCCUCCCCCUCCUCCUUGUCGUUCUCCUCCUCCUCUUCGCUCGGGAUAG